AUGUCUAUCGCCUCGAAAUAUGUUCUUCUGGCUCUGCUGGUGAAUGUGGUGAUCCCUGUUCUGGGAGAAGGUUUAAGGACGUCGGCCCUUACCGAGAGUGGUGAAGUCCUACCUGUGCUCUCCGACAACGAUGAGGAUGUCCUGUGGAAGGAGCUUGUUGACCGGGUGCGUACCGAGUUGAUCUCUCCAGCAUUCAAUCACACUGACAUCCCAGUAGCCUUAGUUACUGCGGCUGAGAACGCUGAUGAUCCUUUCUGGACACUGAUACAGUAUGUAAUGAAGGAUACGUUCGGUCCUCAGGGUCUCGAUGUCCGAUCGGUUCUUUCCAUGGUUGCUGAGGAUGAUUCGCUAUCCGUGUUGAAGUAUCUCUCAGCUUAUCUGGUCAGUGAUACCCCGCCCUCGCAGGACAGCGUCGACUACUCGCAACUCAGGACUCGCGACCUCGCAGUACAAGAUCCCGAAUCGAAUCCCAUACUGGCCUGGUUUGCUAGUAUCUUAUCCCUCUUACGAUGAUCAUCUCAUACAUUUGCUUCGCAUUCAUCUGCGACCACGGAUCUUUUGUAAGUUUUUGUAUAGCCUCAAGGCAAGAUGACGACUAUCGUUCGUAUCGAGCUAGUUCUUCUCAACAUUUUCAUGGCUC